UUGUAGUCAUCAGGCGGAAGCUGAAAUGACACCGGCGGUUUGUUUAGGCUACAUCGGUGAAUUAGUGAAUUAGUGAGGGGUAAAAACGCUUUAAUGUCCCCAAAAUGCCUUCUGAAAAUCUACGCUGGGAAACUUUGGAGGCCCUGAAAAACUCUCCGAAGGGAAGGCUCAAAUACAGCCCAGACUGGGUGGAAAAAGGAGAGGAUGUUCUGGCAGGCUGUAUUGAGGUGUCCAGUCUGUCUCCUCUGUCAGGACAGAUCCUGAAGAGACUGAGUCCUCGGCCGCUGCUCAGGACCUGCUCUCUGACCUCAUGCGUUCGUGAUACGAGUCCUGGGCUUUCUGAAGAUGCUGCUGCCUGCGGUUCGCUUUCCAUCAGCCCUAGCUCUCCACCUCCGGUCUCCAUCCACGCGGAGGAGGAUGAGGAGAAGAAAGUGGAGGAAAUAAAGGAGGCUCCUGUUGUGGGUCUCAGUCCAGAAGCGAGCAUCAGCUCAACUCUAGCGAUCUCCGUCCUGUCACCCAGAGCUACACAGAUGGCCGGCUGCAUCCGCAUGUGUGAGCAGAAACACAAGGCCAAAGCAAAGACGGAGCUGAGCCUCAGACAGGAGCAGCAGGAGCGGCUGGUGGCCACAGUUACCAACCAGGAGUCUGAGCAGCUCAAACGCUUCGAGGAGUUAAUGGAGCUCAAACAGAGAAAGGAAUACCAGAGUAUGAGGGACAUGAUGGAGAAAGAGACGCAGGAGAGUCUCGGCCGGCAAGAGAAGCUGCGAGAGGAACACAGACACAGAACGAAAAUCCUGAAUCUGCGGCUGCGCGAGAUGGAGCAGCAGCGUCUGCGGGAGGCGGAGCUUGAGCGUCAGCGGCAGGUGGAGGGCAGAGAGCGGCAUAGAGCUAUUAAUGCAAUACAGGAGGAAGUGCUACAGCUCAACCAGCUCUUACAGCCACGCCCAUCCACACAUACAGACCUUGACCACGCCCCCUACAUCACCCGCGGCAACCAGCUUUGCUCGCAGGUGUCAGAGGUGGUGCCGGCCUCCGCAGACGGUCAGUUUCCCAGCGUGGAGGAUUUGACUGUGGCAGAGCGAGCGCUACAGGAAAUGAGGUCAUUGGUCAGAGGCCUGCAGGACGAGGUGGCACAGGCUGCUGAGAGGAAGAAGAGGGAACAGGAGGAAGAGGAGGAGGAGAAGAAGAGGCAGGCUGAGCUGAAAGCCCAGCAAGAGGAGCAAAAGAAAAAUGUAGCGCUGUCCACUAAAGAGAAAACCAAAAAAGAAGGUUUGCAGACAGGAGCAGAUGACAGCACUUUAAAAUGGUACAACGCGCUGCAGGAUUCGGCCAAUCAGUGCGCUCAGGCUUUUGAAGACCUCGGCAAAGCCAAAGACACGCAGACGAAGAAAUUAAAAAUGGAGCUCCAAAAGGCUGCAAGCACACCUGUAAGCCAGAUCGCAAACAGCUCAGGUUCCCCGCUGAAGGAGGCCUUUGAGAAGAUCGAUAAGCUGUUGUCAGGACGUCCAGUGACGUCCGCUGGAAAGACCGUGUCGACGUCGCAGCAUCCGCAGGGUCUGGAGUUUGUCAGUUAUAGACUGGCAGAAAAGUUUGUGAAACAAGGAGAAGAGGAGGUGGCAUCUAAUCAUGCGGCAGCGUUCCCCAUCGCCGCUGUGGCAUCAGGCAUAUGGGAACUGCAUCCUAAAAUUGGAGACCUUAUACUCGCCCACCUACACAAGAAGUGCCCGUAUGCUGUGCCACACUACCCACAAAAGAAAAGUGGCACGUCUAUGGAGGAUUACCAGAAGAUUCUGGGAUACCGUGUGGAAGACUCCAAAGUGGAAGGGCAGGACAGCUUUCUGAAGAGAAUGUCAGGAAUGAUUCGUCUCUAUGCGGCAAUAAUCCAGAUGAGAUGGCCUUAUACCGGCAAACAAGGGCCUCAUCCUCAUGGGUUGAAUCACGGCUGGCGCUGGCUGGCCCAAAUUCUCAACAUGGAGCCGAUCGCUGACACCACAGCAACUAUUCUCUUCGACUUCCUGGAGGUCUGUGGAAAUGCCCUAAUGAAACAAUAUCGCGGCCAGUUCUGGAAACUGCUAUUGCUUAUUAACGAAGAAUACUUCCCAAGAAUUGAAGCGGUCACCAGCACUGGUCAGAUGGGCUCCGUCACCAGACUCAAACAGUUUCUAGAGACGUCUUUAAGAACCAAGCAGAUUUCCGCUCCUAAGAACGAGCUGGGCUCUGCCUUCUUCAGGUCCUGAGUCAUGGAAAUGUGUCGAAAUAUUCUAACCCAAAGUAUUCUAACUCUAAGCCUGAAAUGAAGUUAUAAGCAGUGGACGAAUGUGUUUAUGUGAGAGUUGAGGAUUCGUUUAAUAGAGAAUCAUGCCAUCUUAAGUUCAAGUUUGUUUCUUUUAUCUGAGCAUGUAAUAUGAUCUCAUAUUUCUGAAUUUGUUUUAAUACAUGUGGGUGUCUUCCAUCCAUUCAGUCUCAUGAAAAUAAUCCCCCAACCCAAGUUUAUUUUUUAGUGUUUUAGACAAAUGAUUGUUAACUGUAAUCAACUUCCCCAAAAGCAUAAGCCUUAUUUUUGGACUAUGAUGAUUGAGUGUAAUCUAGGAUGAAAUGUACUGUAUAUUGAUGCAGAUAUUUAUGGUUUUAUAUGGCAUAAGGAUUAAACAAGUACACCAAGUGUA